AUGCUGCAUUCAAAAAUAAAUUUCACCUUAGGUGUCACAAUUCGAUCACCGGAGCGAAACCACAAUCAAUCGGAGAUUCAUGUGAUGUUCGAUUCUGGCGCUGGUAUCCGAGUAGCCGAGGCUCAUGGUGUACUGUCCGUGAUGACACUUCUACCACCGGAUUUCAAUGAGACUUAUGCGAAUUAUCGCGGUGCCACCUAUCCAGAUGCGGACGAUGGUGGAUGGUUCGGUCAGACAUCGUCAGCGCAAGAAGAGUUCAUUAGAACGAUCUCCUUAUCCCAGCCAUCUACGUUGCAAUAUGUAGCAGGUGGUCAGCGUUUCGUCACGGUAGGACUUCUUGGCACGUUCAAUGGAAAUCACUUGGAUGAUUUGAUGGCUCCAGACGGUCACAUCACAAUCGUAAGCCAUCCACCAACGGAACAGGACAAUAUGAAUGCUUACAAAUUUGGAUCAACCGAUCUGUGA